CAGAGAAGUGGCGAGAGAGACAGAUAUAGGCAAACCGAGAGCGAGCGGCGGGUGAGAAAGAGAUCGAUAGAAGGGGAAAGGGUUUUCUCUGUAGAGGAGUUUUGCAGCCAUGGCGUCGUCACUGGUGCAAUCUCUCUUAAAUCCAAGGAAGAAUUGGUUCGCUGCACUACACAUGAAAACGGUUUCUAGUCGUCUUAGGAAAUACGGGCUCCGAUACGACGAUCUGUAUGAUCCGCUGCACGAUCUGGACAUCAAGGAAGCACUGGCACGCCUUCCUCGUGAAGUUGUCGACGCGAGGAACGCCCGCCUCAAGCGCGCCCUUGAUCUCUCCAUGAAACACGAGUACCUUCCUGAAGAUAUGCAGGCAGUUCAGACACCAUUUAGGUACUAUCUUCAAGAUAUGCUGGCUCUUGUAAGGAGAGAGAGAGAAGAACGUGAAGCAUUGGGAGCAUUACCUCUCUAUCAGCGCACCAUCCCUUAAUUGUAUGUGUGUUCCAGCUGUUGAUCAGAAUACCCAAGGCAAUAAGGAUAAUAUUUCUGAUAGAAACUUCAGUGGAGGACUCUGCAAGCUAAGAAAUUUGGAAAUUUGUUCGUCUUAAUUCAUCUCUGAAGAGAACUUAUGGGUUUUUGUUUAAUUCCUUUGGUGUUUGUCAGACGUGGUUUGCUUGUCAUUAUUUACGUAUCUUGAUAGGCUUUCUACUACUAAUAAUGUACAUCAGGCAUUUGUUA